CCAUUUUUACAGUCUUCUUCCUCAGCUUGGCUAGGGUUUUUCCACCUGAAACUAAAACCCCCAAAUCACAGUGUAAGAAGGAAACCAUCACAAUGGCGUCGUUUAUGCAGAAUCUCGCGAGAACGAAGAACAUUGGAAAAAGGUCUAAAAAAAAGUAUUUGGAAGAUGCACUUUACAAAAAUCUGUUCAAGGAAGGAGGCGAAGAGAAUCAUGUUAGGAAAAAUCUGAAUCAAUUUUUGAAAUCACACAAAAGUGCUUUCAAAUGGGAAGUUGGAAAAUCCCUCAAAGUAUUACGCCAACGCAAGCUUUACGCUCCAGCACUCAAGUUAUCAGAAACAAUGGAAAAAAGGGGCAUGAACAAGACCGUUAGUGAUCAAGCUAUACAUAUAGAUAUUGUUGCCAAGAGUAAAGGGAUUGAAGCAGGAGAGAGCUAUUUUUUGAAUCUCCCAGAGACAUCGAAAGAUCUUCUUACUUAUUGUGCCCUUCUGAACUGCUACUGCAAAGAAUUAAUGACUGAAAAAGCUGAGGCUUUGAUGGAGAAAGUGAAAGAACUUAACUUAAGUUUAAGCUCCAUGCCUUACAACAGCUUGAUGACUCUUUACACAAAAACUGGGCACCCAGAAAAAAUUCCCGCCAUUAUCCAAGAAAUGAAGGCCAAUGAUGUUAUGCCAGAUUGUUAUACCUACAACGUCUGGAUGAGGGCUCUUUCUUCUGUGAAUGAUAUUUCUGGGGUUGAGAGGGUUAUUGAUGAAAUGAAGAGGGAUGGCCGUGUUGCUGAAGAUUGGACUACUUAUAGUAAUUUGGCAUCGAUCUAUGCAGAUGCUGGCUUAACUGAUAAAGCAGUGAAGGCACUCAAGGAACUGGAGAAGAAAAAUGCAUGCCGCAAUAUUACUGCUUAUCAGUUUCUGAUCACAUUGUAUGGUCGUGUUGGAAAUUUGCUUGAAGUAUAUCGGGUAUGGCGUUCUUUGAGGCUUGCUUUUCCCAGAACAGCAAACAUAAGCUAUCUUAACAUGAUCCAAGUUUUAGUUAACUUGAAUGACAUACCGGGUGCUGAGAAAUGUUUCAAGGAAUGGGAGUCUGGAUGCCCAACUUAUGACAUACGUAUAGCAAAUGUUCUUAUAGGAGUUUACACGAAACAAAGUUCCCUGGAGAAAGCUGAACAGCUCAAGGAACGGGCACGAAGGAGUGGAGCUAAGCCCAAUGCUAAGACAUGGGAGAUCUUCAUGGACUAUUAUCUGCAAAAUGGGGAUAUCAAAUCAGCAAUUGAUUGUGUUGACAAAGCAGUUUCAAUUGGAAGGGGUGAUGGUAGCAAGUGGUUUCCAUCAUCUGCCAUCAUAACAAAAUUCAUGAGUCAUUUUGAACAAAAUAAAGAUGUCGCUGGUGCAGAACACUUUGUGGAAAUUUUGAAGAAGGCUAAGGAUGAGUUGGGGGUUGACAUAUUUGAAUCUUUGUUACGAACUUAUAUAGCUUCUGAAAAAACAAGUCCUAUCAUGCGUCGGCGUAUUAAAAUGGAAAACAUAGAGCUGACUGAUGAAGGUAAAAGAUUGCUGGAUGCCGUUUCCGUGGAGUGAGAUCAUUUAUAAAGUAAUUGACAUGCCUUGAGCUUUCACAAACUGAAACACGGAGAUGUGAGUUUUCAGCAUGUUGUUGCAAUUGAGAUUUUU